UCCGCGCUGUCGCGCUGUCCUCCUGUGUGCCGCUCCAGUCCGUGUCACGUCGCCAGUGUCCGACCUCUCGAACCGACCGUUUAUGACUUUCGACAACCCCGCCCUGUGCAUUUUCCGAGUUGCAUUUCGAUAAGUGCGAGCAGUGAAUAGCCCUCGACCCGUCCACGCCAGAGACGGAGGCCUCUCUCGCGUUUAUUUAUGUUGUCGUUUUGGUGUGGUGCAUAUUUGUGUUGUACGGACGAUAACCGUAUUAUCUGUGCGAUCGUGUCGGUGGAUAUUUUUAACCAACGACAACUUUUCCGCUAAGAUUAAAGGCAUAAAGGAGUCGGGGUUCGCGUGCGGUGCGCAGCGCGGACGCAGGCGUGCCAUGCGCCACUAGCGGCGCCAUGGUCGGCGUGGGCGUCGCGGAGGGCGGCGGGGGCGGCGGCGGCCCCGGAGACAGCUACUACGGCGAGUACUACCCCCCGGAGCAGUACUACGUGCCGCCGGAGAUGUGCCCCCAGCAGCACCCGCAGCACCCACACAUGUGCACCGUGCACGCUGAAUACGGCGGCAUGCCGGUGGUGACGUCAGCGACGAUGAUGCCGCCGAUGCUGCCGCCGGUGCUGGACGAGAACAUGCGGCACUACCUGGUGGCGCACCCGCAGCACCCGCACGCGCACCACGCGCCUCAUCACCAGCAACACCACCAGCCCCACCACCAGCCACCGCCGCAUCACCAGCCGCAGCACCACUAUGGCCCGGCUAACGGCGGCGGCGCGCCGCAGCACUUCUACGGCGCGGGCUACCCGCCCCACUUCCACCACGUGCCGCCGCACCACAUGCAACACUCGCCCCCGCCGCCCGUCUACCAGAAGGACGAGCGCACGCAGCGGCAGUACUCCAAGCUGAAGCAGAAACUUGAGCGCAAGCAGACUAAUAGGAAUAAUGGAAUAGAAGUAAAUUCCGGCGCGAGCACGCCGUCGCUAUCUCCGCGCAAGGAGGUGAACGGGCGCGGUGGCGGCAGCGGCGGCGCGUCGUCGGGCGCCUGGUCGGAGGGCGAGGGCUCCUCGGCCGGGGCCUCGCUCACCGGGGACGACGACGACACGCAGGCGCUGCUCGACCUGCUCUCCGCCACCAGGACGCCGCAGGUCAGCGACAUGACACCGACGAGUGCUCUAGUACAGUGGAACUCGCCCCUGCCGGAAGGCGUGACGCUACCUAACGUCGAGUUGACGUACGACCUGUUGUUGGGCGACCGCGGCCGCGGUGGAUACAAGGCCAUCUACAGCGGUCCUUCGCUCUCGUGUCGGGUGCGGGACCUGCGGCCGGGGCUGGAGUAUUCGGUGUGCCUACAGAUCCGCGCCGGCGAGCUGUCGUCGGGCCCCAGCGAGGCGGCCACGUUCCAGGCGCCGCCCGCGCCGCCCGAGCGGCUGCCCGCGCCGCGCGUCACGCAGCGCGCGCGCACGUCGCUGCUGCUGCGCUGGCCCGCCGCCGCCGACAACGGCGCGCGGCUCACGCACUACGUGCUGGAGAUGGACGCCGGCGACGGGUUCGCGGAGCUCACGCGCCCGCGCACGCGCCAGCACACCGUCAACAACCUGCGGCCGCAGACCUGCUACCGCUUCCGCGUCGCCGGCGUCAACGAGUGCGGCCGCGCCGACUGGAGCGACGAGGCGGCCGUGUGGACGUGCGGCGCGCCGCCCGGCGUGCCCGCGCCGCCCGCGCUGCAGGACGCCGGCGCCGACGCGCUGGCGCUGGCCUGGGAGCGGCGCGCCGACGAGGAGUUCACGCUGCAGAUGGACGACGCGGCUCGAGGCCACGGCUUCCUGCCCGUCUACGCAGGCCCCGACCGCGCCUAUGUCUGCACCGGCCUGCGCCGCGCUACCGACUACCGAUUCCGUCUGCGGUGCGAGACGACCGAGGGGCUCAGUCCCUGGUGUGCCGAAGUGACGUACCGAACGCUGCCCGAGAGACCCGGACCGCCCGGGCGGCCCGCGCCGCGCGGCAAGAUCCACUCCCGCGCAUUCCGCCUGCGGUGGGACCCGCCGACCGACGAUGGAGGCGCCGCCGUCGAAUCCUACACGCUCGAGCUCGACGGGGGCGAGGGCUUCCGCUGCGCCUACCAGGGAGCGGACAGGGAGGCUCACUGUGAGCGGCUGCAGCCGGGCACGCCGUACCGCGCGCGCGUGCGCUGCGCCAACGUGGCCGGAGACAGCGACUGGUCGGCCACGGAGACGGUGACGACGGAGGCCACGCAGCCGGCCGCGUGCGGCCCGCCCGAGCCGGCCGCCGAGCCGCGCGCCACGCUGCUGGGCGUGCGGUGGCGGCCGCCCGACUGCACCGGCGGCGCGCCGCUCUCCGAGUACCGCGUGGAGCUGGCCGGCGCCGACGGGGCCGCGCGCCUCGUGUACGCCGGGCCCGACGCCGAGUGCGUCGUGCGCGACCUCACGCCCGGCAGCGCCUACGAGCUGUGGGUGACCGCGUGCAACAGGGUCGGGGCCGGCCCGCCGUCGCCGCCGCUGCGGUUCACGACGGCACCGGCGCCGCCCGACGCGCCCCCGACGCCGACCGCGACCGUCGAGACCCCCCGCUCAGCCCGGUUGGAGUGGACCGCGCCGCGGGACAACGGCGCGCCGGUGCUCGACUACCGGCUCGAGAUGAGCGCGACCAACGUGGACGACGCCUUCUCGGAGGUGUACUGUGGGCUGGAGACGAGCUGCGUAGUCGGCGAGCUGACGCCGUUCUCGCCGUACUUCUUCCGGGUGUGCGCCCGCAACGCGGCCGGGCGCGGCUCGUGGUCGGGCGUGCGCGACGUGCUGACGCCGCGCGCGCCGCCGGCCGCGCCCGCGGGGCUGCGCCACGAGGCCACGGCCGCCUCGCUGCGCCUGCACUGGCGCGCGCCCGCCGCGCACGGCGCCGACGUGCUGCGCUACCGCGUGCAGGUGGGCGACGCCGCCUUCGACACGGACGGGCCGGCGCCCGAGCGGCUCGUGGAGGGGCUGCAGCCGGACACGGUGUACCGCGUCCGGGUGGCGGCGCUGUCGGCGCUGGGGCUGGGCGCGUGGUCGGAGGAGACCCGCGCCCACACGCGGCCGCCGCCGCCGCUCCCGCCGCAGCUGCGGGCGCCUCUACCCGCGCACAACCACAUCAAGCUGGAGUGGGCGCCGCUGCCCGAGGGCACGCAGUACUGCGUCGAGAUGCGCGCCGCCGACGGCCGGGAGUUCCGCCCCGUCUACCGCGGCUCUGCGCGCUCCUGCAAGGUGAAGAAGCUCCGCGAGGCGACGACGUACCAGUUCCGCAUCCGCGCGAGCGACGAGCGCGGCGGGCGCGGGCCGUGGUCGGAGCCCCUCACGGUGAGCACGGUGGCGGCGCCGCCCCCCGCGCCCCGCGCGCCCGACGUGGCGUUCCCGGCGCCCCGCCAGGCGCUCAUCAGCUGGGACCCACUCGACGACGCCACCUACGUGCUGCAAUGCGCCAAGACCAAGGACAACGUGUACAAGCAGGUGUACGCGGGCAGCGAGCCUGCCUUCCAGCUGGAGGAGCUGGAGCAGGGUGCAGAGUACGUGGUCCGCGUGUGCUGCGUGCGCGGCGGGAUGGCGGGCGCGUGGUCGGCGCCGACCCGCGUCAGCGCGCCGCCCCGCGUCAGCGCGCCGCCGCCGGCUACCCGCGCGCGCCGCGCCCGCGUGCAGCGCGCGCUAUCGCACACGCAGACGGCGCUGCUGAUGGCGGGCGGUUUCCUGGUGCUGGCGGUGGUGGUGGCGGUGCUGGUGGCGCGGCUGGUGGAGCCGCGGCCGUGACGCGCGCUGGCGGCGGCGCUGCCCACCGCGCUCGCCACGCUGCCCAUGUAGGCGCCCGCCCGCCGCCCAUGUAGGCGCCCGCCCGCCGC